UAUAAAAGCAGAGUUUAACAGCCAGAGACACAGCAACACUCUGCCAGUGUCCUGACAACAAGAGCCAUGUUUGUCCGCGUGGUGAUGCUGACCUGUCUGGUGGCGGCUGUGGCGGGGAGGCCGCAGACUGGCAGGCAGUUGCAGCAGGCCGCACCACAGAGGCCCAUGAACUAUGACUUCAAGUGGAAUGUGGACGCUCAGGACUACGACAACUACUACGGACAGCAAGAGGCAGCGGUAGACGGGCGUGUGGAAGGCUCUUACUACGUGUGGCAGCCUGAUGGCCGUCUCAUGGUAGUCACAUACUACGUGGACGGGGAAUCCGGUUUCGUGCCUACUAUUGAAUACAUCGACGGCUACCAACCAACCUGGGGUACGCCUUACUACCAGAAGUAAAGCACUGACCACGCCCCCACACACACCACCGAAACCCCCUGAUCAUCCUUUCCUGGUUCUUCCCACUGAGAUCCCUUGGCAAAUCCUGACGCAACGCUCAUAUUCUUAUCCCCGCCUUCGCCCCCCCCCCCCGCCCCAGUUCCAUUAACAUGCGAACAUCGAUGAAUGUCUCCUUGUUCUCCAUCAUCUAUCGUCUUGCUUCACGGCAAAGGCCACUACCGCCUCGCUAUUAUUAUCAAAUGUAGUGAUCCACGAUCUUAGCAAUAAAACAUGCAGCUUUUAUUUA